UUAAAAUGUUUAUAAAUGUUCAACCAUUUAAUGGAACAACCUUUAAAAUUGCUUCUAAUAGUUCUAGAUAUUAAACUUUAAUUAUCACUUACAAUAAAAUUAUAAAAAUUUAAGUAUUUAAUAUAAUUUAAAAGUAAACCAUGUCUAAGGCUGUAAGAAGAGCUGCUGGAUUUGUGAUUUAUAGAAAAAACUGUGAUGAAAUAGUUGAGUACUUACUUAUGCAAGCUUCUUAUGAAAAUCAUCAUUGGACUCCACCAAAAGGUCACUUAGAGGAAAAUGAAUCCAACAUGGAUGCAGCUAUUCGAGAAACUGAUGAAGAAGCUGGUAUUAAAGUGAAAGACCUUAGUGUUCAUCAUAAUUUCGAAAAAGUGUUGAAGUAUGACCCAAAAGAUAAACCAUUUUCCAAACAAGUCACUUAUUGGUUAGCUCGUUUAAUUAAUCCUGAUACACCAGUAGUGUUGUCUAAUGAACACCAGGAUUACAAAUGGUUGCCUCUUAUAGAAGCUAAAAAUUUGGCUGCUUAUCCUGAAAUGCAAGAAUUAUUGGAUGAUUGUGAAAAUUAUUUAGUUAAAACCAAUAUUAAAUAGAUAAUUAUAAGUGUUUUUAUUAUUGAUGAAUUAUAU